AUGAGAACCUCAAUAAACGACGACGAAGAAAUUUGCAAACCUCAACAAGUUUUGAAGCCAGAUGAUAAUGCGAUUCUUUUCCCCCCAUACAUAACGCUUUGACUAGGUGCUCUAUUUAUAGGAUGUCUAGGGACUAUCUUUUCCUUGGUGCAGAACAUUCACUUCACAGGGCUAGGGAUCUCUACAUCAUUAGUAGGAAUAUCUUUGGUAUGGACACUAAUAGUCGUGUUUUUCAAAAGAAAUAAAUGCCUUGCUAAGCUCAAACUUGUGGCAUUGGUGAUAUCGAUCAUAUUGCUCACACUUUCACUACUGACCAUGGUCAUGAUUCUCAUAAAGUUUGCCAAUUUAUGUAAGAAUCCUAGCCUGGAGAAAUUCAGUUUUAGGGAUAUCGAUCUAAAAACCUCAUUUAUUCCGAGAAAAUUGAGUGAUAGGUAUCAAGUAAUUUCUUAUUUGGAUGAAGAGAGGAAUUCUACACAAUACGUAAAUGUGUCCGAAACUCUUCCUCAGAAUUUUCUCAGACAGAGUAAUAGACCUCAAUGGCUUGAAUUAUUUAUUGAAAGAGCUGAAAAAUGACUAGCUCCUAACCACCAAUCACGAAUUCAUGAGAGAAACUUUGGAGACCUUAAGUUAACCUGGCACGCUUCACGGAUAGAUCAUACUCUUGGCUUGAUUACUGAUAUUGGAUUUCAAGCAGAUUUUCGAAAAUCCAUUCCAAAUUUCAAAAUCUCAUGACAUAAUCGUCUUUCGCUAAACCCAGAGCCCAACUUCUGCUCAGAUGCAAUCUUAAGUUGUUGGCAUGACGAUGAGUCACAAUAAAACUUCUCUUAGCCUCACAAUUUUAAAUAACAAUCCUUUUCUG